CCCGACCUCAGCCCACCCUGGCUUGGGGGAGGCAAGGGACCAAGAAGCUGGGAGGUGCUAAGUUUAGCAAUGUCUGUAUCCAAGUCACUUCCCAGGAGGAGGCAGCGAGGGCAGCAGAAGGUUGGGCUCCUUUACACAGGUAGCUAGGCUUCAUGAGCAGAGCUCAGAGUCGCAGCCCGGAAGCGUCUAGACUCUGCCUGUGCCAUGCCUAGGCUGACCUGUCCAGCCGGAAAGAGGGCGAGUGUGAAGGAAAGUUGGAGAGUGCCCAGAUGGAAAGAGGCGGGUGUGAGGAGCGUCAGAGACCCCUGAUGACACCAUGAGCCCAACGGGACACUGGGAGGCUGAUACCACCUGGAGCUGAAGCCUCCCCUGACUGCUUCCUACUUCCUGGACAAGACUAUGCCCACUCAGGGGCCCCAGAAGAGGCUUCUGGGUUCUCUCAACUCCACCUCCACAGUCACCCCUCACCUUGGACUGGCCACCAACCAGACAGGGCCUUGGUGCCUGCAGGUGUCUAUCCCAGAUGGCCUCUUCCUCAGCCUGGGGCUGGUGAGUCUGGUGGAGAACGUGCUGGUCGUGAUAGCCAUCACCAAAAACCGCAACCUGCACUCACCCAUGUAUUGCUUCAUCUGCUGUCUGGCCCUGUCUGACCUGAUGGUGAGUAUAAGCAUCGUGCUGGAGACUGCCAUCAUCCUGCUCCUGGAGGCAGGGGCCCUGGUGACCCAGGCUGCUUUGGUGCAGCAGCUGGACAAUGUCAUGGAUGUGCUCAUCUGUGGCUCCAUGGUGUCCAGCCUGUGCUUCCUCGGUGUCAUCGCCAUAGAUCGCUACAUCUCCAUCUUCUACGCCCUGCGUUACCACAGCAUUGUGACACUGCCCCGGGCACGACGGGCCAUUGUGGGCAUCUGGGUGGCCAGCAUCUUCUUCAGCACCCUCUUUAUCACCUACUACAAUCACACAGCCGUCCUCCUCUGCCUUGUCACUUUCUUUCUGGCGAUGCUGGCUCUCAUGGCCAUUCUGUAUGUCCAUAUGCUCACUCGAGCUUGCCAGCAUGCUCAGGGGAUCGCCCGGCUCCACAAGAGGCAGCGCUCUGCCCGCCAAGGCUUCUGCCUUAAGGGUGCCGCCACCCUCACUAUCCUUCUGGGGAUUUUCUUCCUGUGCUGGGGCCCCUUCUUCCUGCAUCUCUUACUCAUCGUCCUGUGCCCUCAGCACCCCACCUGCAGCUGCAUCUUUAAGAACUUCAACCUCUUCCUGAUUCUCAUCAUCUUCAGCUCCAUCGUUGACCCCCUCAUCUAUGCUUUUCGCAGUCAGGAGCUCCGCAUGACACUCAGGGAGGUGCUGCUGUGCUCAUGGUGAGCAGGGAGGUGGCUUUUGGUCUCAUGGCCAGGGCGCUGGGCAGAGGGUGGCAAUGAUACCCCAUGGGCUGCGUCCUGUGAGACCACAGGUACUGUCAUGCCUUCCCGGUCUCUAUUUGUCGAAGGGCAGAUUAGAUGAGCUUUAAAAUAGAAACACAAACUGCCUGGGACCAGAAGGAAGGGUAAAUGUGACUGCAGGGGUCAUCCAGGGUAGCUGUGGGGAAUGGAAGAAAUGGGAUGGGGAUUCUAGCUCCAGGCAAGGGUCAGACCACAGGCUCCUGAAAAGACAGUCCCUACCUCUGGGGAGCUUCGCCUCUACUCAGUGACUAGGCGGCCCCACCCAGCUCCUCAGGUCACUCAGGCUGGGCCCUCUACUGCUGGGAUGAACAGAAAGUUUCUGAAUUAAAAGAAUGACAAGAGCCGUAAAGGAGCACUACUCCUGGUGAGGGCUUCUGAAAGGGGAAUUUGUGACCGGGAAAAUCCAGCCGUAGCCAUGCAGUAGGCUGUUCAAGCAAGCGAGGCCCUUCCUCAAUAAAGGGACCAGCACUGCAGAACGUACACUUGAGUAAUGGGACUGACCUAGAGACUAGUCGUGGUUCAUGGCAAU